AUAGAACGUUACUAAGUAUGCUAGGUACUCUUGAGGAAAAGGACAAAACUCAGUGGCACAACUAUGUCAAACCACUUGUUCAUGCGUACAAUUGUACGAAAAAUGAUACAACUGGUUUUGCCCCAUAUGAGUUAAUGUUUGGCCGUCAGCCAAGAUUGCCAGUCGAUCUAGCAUUUGGGCUGCCCUUUAACAACAAAAGUUUCAAGUCGCAUUCUCAGUACAUAACAAAACUAAAGGCAACUCUACAAGAGACCUACAAACUAGCAACAGACCAUGCUAACAGAAUAGCAGAAAGAAACAAAACAAGGUUUGAUAUGCGAGUGAAACCCUCAAAACUAGAGCCAGGUGACAGAGUUUUGGUGCGUGCAGUCCGCCUCAGAGGCAAGCACAAGCUAGCCGACAAGUGGGAGACUGAUAUUCACGUUGUGGUGAACCAAGCAGGUGACUUGCCCGUCUACAGUAUAAAACCCCUAACGAAAGAGGGCCCAGUCCGCACAGUCCACCGCGAUCUCUUGCUCCCUUGUGGUUUUCUUGUCCCUGUUGAGGAGAAACCUGUCCAACCAACUCAUGUACGCAAACCAAAAACAAGGCAGUCACCUAAACAACAUGAGGAAUAUGAUCAUUCAGAACUGGAGGAUGAGGAUGUCUGUUGGUUCAGAGAGGAACCUAUUCAAGGGCCCAUAAAGGUCACUCGAGUCUAUGAGAUUCCCCAGCCAAAGACACACCCUAAUGAUCACAAUCAUGCUGAAACUAACGUGCCUAGAGGAGACAACUUACAUGAACAUGACAACUUGCCUGGACGUGACAACUUACCUGAACAUGACAACUUGUCUGGAGGUGACAAUUUAACCGGAUGUGACAACUUACCUGAAUGUGGAAAUCCACUUGGAUGUGGAAGCCUAGAGGAGAGUGAAACCAUGGUGGAACACUCAAACACUGACAAUGAAAGCGAGAGUGACACUAACUUACCCGAUGGACCUACCUGUGAUGGGCCAGUGGAAGAAGACAACUCAAAUGAUAAUCAAGCAAACUCAAGUCAGUCAAAUACUGAGAGUGAAGCCGCAGCGGCUAUAAGGCGCUCAGAGAGAACAAGAACCCAACCAGAACGACUACAAUAUAUUCAGUUGGGAAAUCCCCUCGUUUCCAUUGCCCAGUCCCUGUUUCACGGUCUAAGCCUGGCUUUUACCAGUGCCUUGACAGAACAAGAUUCUGUGGUCAUCCCCAUGAAUGCUGGUUCCCCUGUCAUUACCGUUUAGCUAUCCCAUGCAAAGGGACUUGCAUGAUUCUAAGGGGGGAUAGUGUAACCCAGUGUUAAAAACGGGAUUAAAAGCAUAAAUAUUAAUACUCAUUUGAUUAAAAUACUAAUUUCAUAAUGGUAAUCAAUAUUGAUAAAAAGAAGUUAAAUAUAAUAAAUACUGAUAAAAAGCAUGUAAACAUAAGUUUAAUUGAUAUGUCUGUAUGUAUAUGUAAUAUAUAAAUGGUGUGGGGGCAGGACUUAGUCCUGUGGAGUGUGUUAGAUCCACUGAGCGACCAAUCAUUGGGCCGGUCUGACCCUUCCCCCAGUCUGUGUGCGCUGCUCAGACACCUGUGUGUGCCUGCCUGCGUGUGCCAGUCAGAAACGCCAGAGACACAGACGGUGAAAGAUUCGGUUACCCGUGCGGUGAAGAAGCUAGCUGGAUAGUAAAAGUCCUGUUUUCGGUGGAAAUAAUAAGAGUGAUACUGUAUUCCAGAGGCCGUGAGCCAGCGUGAUCACUGUGAAGCCCCUUGUAGCAUUUGUUGCUUCACAUGGUCAGGUUUUUUUCCUUUGCUUAUUUGGAUUGGAUUGGUUUUGAGGACCUGAGAAGAAUCGAGGAUCCCUUUUCCAGUACUGGAUGGCGAGCCCAGCCCAAAGAGCCGGAUGAACUGGUAGAUUGUAACCCGACUGGUUACAAACACACUGAGUGACUAUUGAACAUUGACAGACUGAAAUUGACUUUAAAAAAAGGACACAAAAGACAAUAUAUCCUUGGGUCGACCAUUUGUGGGGUUUAUUUUAUUUUAUUUUGUUUUCAAAAGCGCGCUCUACUUUUGUUAAAUGUGCACAACCUGCUAAAUUUCAAUUAUUGCUAAUAAAUGCAAUUGUGUUUUCUACACCUACUGUGUACAAGUCCUCUGUUGUCAUACACCCUUGGCUCCUACGAAUCUAGAACCUGUCUGAUCUGGCCCAUAUCUCCCU